AAAAAAAUUUUUCUAGGUUAUGUUGGUGAAGUUUAUGAAUUUUUUUUUUUGCUCUUAUCGCAAUGUAUAAUCAAAGCAGAUUGUUUUCUUUAUAAAGAUGAGAUAAAAACGUAAUUUUUUUCAUUAAAAAAAAAAAAAAAAAUUAAUAAUUAUCUGUGACGAAAAAAAUGAAUAGCUUAGGUUUGAGUUUAAUUUUUAAAAUGGGUUGCAUUUGUGCUAAAGAAACUUGUACAAUAAAUGCAAGAAAAUAUACAAUUCGCGAACAUCUUGCUGAGGGAGGAUUUAGUACAGUAUCAUUGGCUGAAGAUACAUUAAGCCAUAAAAAAUAUGCGAUUAAAAAAAUUAUUUGCCAUGGUUUUGAUGAUCAACGGCUUGCACUUAAAGAAAUUGAAUAUCAUACAAUAUUGAAGCAUCCAAAUAUUAUUGAAUGCAUUGAUUCAACACAACAAGGAAGCGCCGAUCCUGUUUUAAAUAUUACCAGUGAAGUUUUAUUGGUUCUUCCUUAUUAUCAUAAAGGAAGUUUAGCAAAUGAAUUGGAGAGGAGAGCAAGAAAUAAUGACUAUAUGAGUCCACUUGAAAUAUUGCAUAUGUUUUUACAAAUAUGCGAGGCAGUUAAAGUUUUUCAUGAAAUAAAACCCGAUGCACUUGCGCAUCGUGAUUUAAAAACGGCAAAUAUUCUUCUUGGCGAUGGAAUGACGCCAAUUAUUAUGGAUUUAGGUUCUGUUGCGCCUGCACGAGUAAAAGUUUGUGGCAAUCAAGAGGCGCAAACACUUCAAGAUUUGGCAGCCGAAAGAUGUUCAAUGCCUUAUAGAGCUCCUGAAUUAUUCAAUGUUGAAAGUUAUUGUAUGGUCGAUGAAAGAACGGACAUUUGGUCACUUGGUUGCAUUUUAUAUGCACUUUGUUAUUUUAAAUCGCCAUUCGAUUCUGUCCAUGAAAGAGGUGAUAGUGUCGCUCUCGCUGUUAUCAGUGCGAAUAUUAAUUUUCCAGAAAAUUCACCUUACAACGAAGAUAUGAAAGACUUAAUACUUUCGAUGUUAAAAUCGAAUCCAAUGGAACGUCCAUAUAUUUAUAGUGUAAUUGAAAAUGUCCACGAUGUAAUAUCGAAAUUAGAAGGAAGAGCGUAAUUUUUUUUUUUUUUUUUUUUGCAAAAUCUUUUAAAUAAUUUUUAAUUUAAUGAUAAAAUAAUUUUAAAAAAUUUGUUUAUUUUUAAUUUUCUUUUUUUUUUAUAUAAAAUAAUUUUAUAUAAAUUUUAUUUAAAUAUUAUUUUUUGUUUAGCAAA